GUGAAAACUCAAUAGCAGUUACUUUUUGGAAAACUUUUAACCAUGGAGACCUUCCUUUAACACGGUUUAAGAGUGGACUAAUUUACAAACUGUAUCCGUGUAUUUUCAGAGAGAUUUAAUUUUACCGCGUUACAAAGUGAAAUCCGUUCAUUGGUUCAGUCAUGAUGGGUCACCUGCUUUGUUUGUUUACAUUGGGUAACAGCUGAGAAGCUAAUGUUAGCCACCUAGCAUGGUAAAAUCGAGUCAUAUGAGCUGGUAAUUAUCCUUCAGCUUUGCCCUCAUGAAUGAAACUUUACACUGGUGUAAGAGCCAGCGUUCGUGUAGUGGACUAAAGGGUUUAUGUGGGUAUCAGUCGGCCUUUAGAGGUUUAAUAAUGAGAAGCUAACGUUUAAUGUACCGAGCAUUAGCAGCGUUUGUUAGAGAAGUCAGAUUGUUUUGUCCCUGAAUCUACCUGCGGCCAGUUUUAAGGCCUCCCAGCGUCUUCAUGUCAAAAUGCCCUGUUCCUGUGGAAACUGGAGGAGAUGGAUUCGUCCGCUGGUCGUUGUGCUGUACAUUUUGUUGCUUAUUGUCGUCCUACCAUUGUGUAUCUGGGAGCUACAGAAGUCAGAGGUUGGCAUCCAUUACAAAGCAUGGUUCAUCGCUGGGAUAUUUGUGUUCAUGACCAUUCCUAUAUCAUUAUGGGGCAUCCUGCAGCACCUGGUUCACUACACUCAGCCUGAGCUCCAGAAACCUAUCAUCAGGAUAUUAUGGAUGGUCCCAAUCUACAGCUUGGACAGUUGGAUUGCUUUAAAGUAUCCCAGUAUUGCUAUUUACGUGGACACAUGCAGAGAGUGCUACGAGGCAUACGUCAUCUACAACUUCAUGACUUUUUUGCUGAACUACCUGGAAAAUCAGUACCCUAGCCUAGUGAUGAUGCUGGAGGUCCAGGAGCAGCAGAAACACCUGCCUCCUCUGUGCUGCUGCCCACCCUGGCCAAUGGGAGAGGUGUUGCUGUUAAGAUGUAAACUGGGAGUGCUGCAGUACACAGUUGUUAGACCCGUCACAACAGUGAUUGCCUUGAUUUGUCAGCUUUGUGACGUUUAUGAUGAAGGCAAUUUUAGCUCAACAAAUGCCUGGACGUACCUGGUCAUCUUUAACAACAUGUCACAGCUGUUUGCCAUGUACUGUCUGGUGCUGUUCUACCGAGCUCUCAGAGAGGAGCUGAGUCCAAUCAAACCAGUGGGAAAAUUCCUUUGUGUGAAAAUGGUGGUGUUUGUCUCUUUCUGGCAAGCUGUGUUGAUCGCUUUGCUGGUGAAAGUGGGUAUUAUCUCAGAGAAACGUACCUGGGAAUGGCAGAGUGUGGAGGCUGUUGCUACUGGCUUACAGGAUUUUAUCAUCUGCUUGGAGAUGUUUCUGGCAGCCAUUGCUCAUCACUUCAGCUUUACCUACAAGCCCUACAUCCAGGAGGCUGAGGAGGGUUCCUGCUUUGACUCUUUCAUGGCGAUGUGGGACAUCUCAGAUGUCAGAGCGGAUAUUUCUGAACAAGUCCGUAAUGUUGGGAGGACAGUCUUGGGUCGUCCAAGGAAGUCUUACUUCGGGGAGGCGGAGAAUGACGGUGAGUGUUCAGGUCUCCUCUCUCCAGGCUCCCAAGAUGCCAUCACGGAGUCAGUAUCCAACCCCGUAUCACCCAACGGUCAGUACCAAGGCCUGGGCAGGACUGUCACACCACACUCGUUAUCGGCCCCUGCUGGGCUCAGCUCAGCCCCGUGGGAUGAAGGAUACGAGGCUCAACCUGAAGAAAGCCCAGAGGAAGAACCAACCAACCAAACCAAAGAACCAGCAGAGGGCGAUCUCAUCGUGAUCACUUAGCCUAGCAUUCAGGCUAACGCUACCAACAGAUAUGAACGGGCAGGACCCAAAAAACGCCUCGCCAUUUUCUGUCAGACAUUACCGUACUGAUAAAUGGUUUGGAACGGCACCUCAACAGAGUGAAAGAGAAUAAAGAAAACCAGAAGGACCUCUCUGCCAGUGACAGCUGUAAGAAUGUUCAGUGAAGUUAUGGCACUAUGACUUGAGACGUUUAAUGCAGUUUGUGUUGUACUGGGGAGCUCUGGCUUCCUUUGAGAUAACAGGGUUUAAAUUUAAUAGGGAACGAUCUUUAGCCUUUUUUGUGUCAUUUUAGUCAUAUCACAAUGUCAGAUAGGCUAUAAAGAGAAAUAUGCAACUUUUUAAAGUACUGUUUACUUUAUCUUGAUUUAUGGUGAUUUUAAGAGGAUGUUUUUGAAAAAAAAGUUGAUAGGGAACCUACAAGUUUAAAGCACAUUAGAUGUCCAGAGCUUGUUAUUUUCUUUGUCCCAUUGUGUUAAGGAAAUGUAAGAGAGCAGAAAGAACAAAAAGAGCCGAAGCAACACAUUCUUGGAUUGCACAUUUAGGACUUUGGACGAGUCAGUUGGAGCUUUGCACAAAUAAGAAGUGUCUUAUAGUCUGACAUCACCACAGAAUCAAUACUAACAUGUUUCUCCCAUGGAUUGGUAUAGACAAAGCGGUACCAUAAUGCAAAUUGUACAAUCAGCACGUUCUAGUGAGUUCUUUUUUUAACGGCAUAAAGCUCACUCUGUAGUGUUAUAUUUGACUUUAUUCACUAGUCCGCUCAGAUGCCUUGUUCAACGUGCAGUAGAACUUUUCUAUUCACUGCAUCAGCGUUACUUUAUCAUUAGCUCUUAUUUGUUUUACUUGAUCUUAUGUUCUGUAUAACUUUUAGCCUUUAAGCUAGACUCACUUUGCAGCCAAUGCAGCAUAGCCAUUCCCUUUACCAAAAGAUGAUUUUCUGAUCAUUCAUGCUCUUGACUUCCAUGGUUUGUGCAGGGAUAUCGACGUGUUUAAUGUACAGUAUGGGGAAAUCGGUUUGUGUCACAAAUAGAGAAUCAGCAGCAUUAUCUGCAUCAUGUCAAGCUAGAGAAUGUUGCAUUGCCAUAUGAUUUUUAUUUUUCUAAACUGAACUGACACUUCAAUGCUCAAUAAUGUUACACAUUUUAAUUUUAAUUCCAUCUCUGACAGUCAAUAAAGCAAAGUAACUACA